ACACACCCUGCCAUAUCAGAGUUGCCUCUUUUGCUCUGUGCAUUCCCCACCAGACUGCAGGCUCAUUGAAAUCAUAGGCCACAUCUUGUUCAUCCAUAUAUCGUAACCACUCUCACAGUGGCCUGGCACGCAAUAGACCUCAGUAAUCUUUCUUGAAUGAAUAGAAAAUAGGAGAUUUAAGCACCUGGAGGAGAAAUUUUGAGCAGCAGAGACACUGGGAGGCAGCCAUUUCGGACGAGGUGAAAAAAGUUUCAAAACCUUCUGCGUCAAGAGCAUGCGAGACACAGUCCAAUCUCUCCUUGGCCUCAGCCCCGCCCCGUUUCUUUCACUCAGAACUCGCCUCACCCCUGUGACUGCUUGUGACCUCAUGCAGGUGUGAUGAAGUCGCUCAAGGCCAUGCUUGGGCUAAAGGCACUAUGAUCUUCCCGAGGGGCUGAAAGGGCGAGGGGACAGGAAAGUGGGCGUCUUGCUUUUGCAUUCAUAGUUAUUAUCCUCCCAAGGAGUCGGUGCACCCGUUCGUCUAGACAACAGGGCGCCAAGGGUGCCUCAUCAACUAGCGACGAGUGAAGAGGGGGCGGGCAGAGAUCCGCGAAGGAAGUGACGUAAAACGAGCGCCACAGAGAACGCGAGCCGGGAGUCCGUGGAGGCCAUGGCCCCUCGGCGCCUCCUGUUGGUUGGGGAGGGGAAUUUCUCCUUCGCCGCCGCUCUGAGCGAAACCCUGGAUCAGAACACUCGUCUCACCGCCACCUGCCUCCAGCGCCCGGCCGAGUUGACCCGGGAUCCAGUGGCCCGGGAGAAUCUGCGGUACCUGCGCGAGCGAGGUAUUGAUGUACGUUUCGGUGUGGACUGCACCCAGCUGACAGAUGUCUUUGAACUGCACGACAGAGAAUUUAAUCAAAUUUAUUUCAACUUUCCGCAUUGUGGACGCAAAGCUGGCGUAGCUAAGAACAGGGAACUGCUUGCCAAGUUUUUCCAAAGCUGUGCAGACGUUCUUGCAGAGGAAGGAGAAGUCCACGUGGCAUUAUGUAGAGGACAAGGUGGAACUCCUGCGGAUAAGCCCCAGAGAGAAUGGCACAACAGUUGGCAAGUGGUUGCCAUGGCAGCCCUGGGGGGACUCAUUUUAAGUGAUGUAUAUCCAUUCAGCUGUAAGGCUGUGCCAGGGUACAAGUGCACUGGAUAUAGGAGUCAAGAUAAGUCCUUUCAUGUAGAAGGUGCUUUGAACCAUGUCUUCACCAGGAGCUUACCUUUCGAAGUUUCUCAACCCAGAAUCUUCAGGAUCAAAGUGGGUAACCAGUGGUUUUCCUUUCCAGAACCAGAAGCACUUGUAGGAAAGUUGAACAGGGGUUUCCUGGAAGCACCUUCAUGUCAUCCUAUCAAAACCAUAAAUGAGAAACUCAUUGCUGAAUUAGGCAAAGCUUUCCCUCUAAAAAGGCUGAAGUGUUCCUUCCCUUUGCUGCCACAGGAAGAUGCCAGUGUUCUUCCUUUCUGGAAUUGUGACUUUCUAUCAGCUGCUUUUUGGAUUAGUCUCCAUGAGGAUAACUCAAAUUCUGAGUCCCUGACUGGUGGGACAUCACAAGAUGUAGAAGACUUUCUAGUGUCAUUUUCAGAACUUAGCCUUCCCAAGAACCCUGGAAGAGACGGUAAAGAAGAAGCUUGUGAAGGAACCUAUGGCCAGGCCAAGGUCUGCCUUAGACCUUCUCUCCUAGUGCAUGUUCAGGAUGUCAUUGAAGUACCAGACUUCCUCUCAGGUUCUCUGCACAUCCUCAGUGGACCUGUCUUUCAGAAGUGCCACAUUCUGCCUUUCACAAUGCCAGCAUUUCAUGAGACUUUAUUUAUCCUUGGGUUUAACCAAAAUCUGAAGGAUGGCUGUCUUCAAUCACUGCUGGAUCAUCUGAAGGUCUUUAACAGUAAUUCAACUGUGAUUAAACUUUGCCUCUCUAGAUUUUGGGGCCUUCUAUUGUUAUCUGGGAACAAAGCAGGACAAGUCUGGGCACCUGAAGGAUCUACUGCUUUCAAGUGUCUGCUUUCAGCAAGGUUAUGUGCUGCUCUCCUGAGCAACAUCUCUGACUGUGAUGAAACAUUCAACUAUUGGGAGCCAACACACUACCUCAUCUAUGGGGAAGGGUUUCAGACUUGGGAAUAUUCCCCAGCAUAUGCCAUUCGCUCCUAUGCUUACCUAUUGCUUCAUGCCUGGCCAGCUGCAUUUCAUGCAAGAAUUCUACAAACUAAUAAGAUUCUUGUAUUUUACUUUUUGCGAUGUCUUCUGGCUUUCGUGAGCUGUAUUUGUGAACUUUACUUUUACAAGGCUGUGUGCAAGAAGUUUGGGUUGCACGUGAGUCGAAUGAUGCUAGCCUUCUUGGUUCUCAGCACUGGCAUGUUUUGCUCAUCAUCAGCAUUCCUUCCUAGUAGCUUCUGUAUGUACACUACGUUGAUAGCCAUGACUGGAUGGUAUAUGGACAAGACUUCCAUUGCUGUGCUGGGAGUAGCAGCUGGGGCUAUCUUAGGCUGGCCAUUCAGUGCAGCUCUUGGUUUACCCAUCGCCUUUGAUUUGCUGGUCAUGAAACACAGGUGGAAGAGUUUCUUUCAUUGGUCGCUGGUGGCCCUCAUACUCUUUCUGGUGCCUGUGGUGGUCAUUGACAGCUACUAUUAUGGGAAGUUGGUGAUUGCACCACUCAACAUUGUUUUGUAUAAUGUCUUUACUCCUCAUGGACCUGAUCUUUAUGGUACAGAACCCUGGUAUUUCUAUUUAAUUAAUGGAUUUCUGAAUUUCAAUGUAGGCUUUGCUUUGGCUCUCCUAGUCCUACCACUGACUUCUCUUAUGGAAUACUUGCUGCAGAGAUUUCAUGUUCAGAAUUUAGGCCACCCAUAUUGGCUUACUUUGGCUCCAAUGUAUAUUUGGUUUAUAAUUUUCUUCAUCCAGCCUCACAAAGAGGAGAGAUUUCUUUUCCCUGUAUAUCCACUUAUAUGUCUCUGUGGUGCCGUGGCUCUCUCUGCACUUCAGAAAUGUUACCACUUUGUGUUUCAACGAUACCGCCUGGAGCACUAUACUGUGACGUCGAAUUGGCUGGCAUUAGGAACUGUCUUCCUGUUUGGGCUUUUGUCGUUUUCUCGCUCUGUGGCACUGUUCAGAGGAUAUCACGGGCCCCUUGAUUUGUAUCCAGAAUUUUACCGAAUUGCUACAGAUCCAACCAUCCACACUGUCCCAGAAGGCAGACCUGUGAAUGUCUGUGUAGGAAAAGAGUGGUAUCGAUUUCCCAGCAGCUUCCUUCUUCCCGAUAAUUGGCAGCUUCAGUUCAUUCCAUCAGAGUUCAGAGGUCAGUUACCAAAACCUUUUGCAGAAGGACCACUGGCUACCCGGAUUGUUCCUACUGACAUGAAUGACCAGAAUCUAGAAGAGCCAUCCAGAUAUAUCGAUAUCAGUAAAUGCCAUUAUUUAGUGGAUUUGGACACCAUGAGAGAAACACCUCGGGAGCCAAAAUAUUCAUCCAAUAAAGAAGAAUGGAUCAGCUUGGCCUAUAGACCAUUCCUUGAUGCUUCUAGAUCUUCAAAGCUGCUGCGGGCAUUCUAUGUCCCUUUCCUGUCAGAUCAGUAUACGGUGUAUGUAAACUACACCAUCCUCAAACCCCGGAAAGCAAAGCAAAUCAGGAAGAAAAGUGGAGGUUAGCAACACACCUGUGGCCCCAAAGGACAACCGUCUUGUUAACUAGUGAUUCCAGUGACCUGACUCCCUGCAAGUCAUCGCCUGUAACAUUUGUAAUAAAGGUCUUCUGACACGAAUACUGGAA